UACAUAGUAAUUAUACAGCAAUUAUAUUAUAGCUGUCCAUGAUUUAUGAUUUACGUUUUAAGUCAUUUUGUACUUUGAACUUAUAAAGGAGCGUUAUAUUUACAUAUCUUCGGCAAAUGAUUGAAUGAGAAACUUUGGUUUUCAUACAAAUUAUUCGACGUAAAGAACAUCUUAAUUGCCGGUGUACAAUGUGGUUCUGCAGUGCGUGUUCAACAUUGUAUGAAAAAGAGAAAGAAAUCAUUUUAUUUCAGUAAAAGAUAUUUUUCUUUGAUUGUGAUAAUAAAAUGUUCGCUUUAUGGACGUGGUUGUUACGUAUUAAUGAAUGAUAAAUGUGAUAAUUUAUAACAUAUAACAUAUUUUGAACAUAAUUUACAAUAAAAAAACCUAAAAAAACGCAUAAUGCAUAAUAAUUUAAUUGCUGCCGCCAUCGGUGUAACCGUUGGUGUUAUAAGUGCAGCUAGUAUUUUUAUUUACCGCAAAAUUUUGGCAAAUCAACAAUACAGUACAACAAUUUCCGAUCUAGAUGCUGCCAAUAAAAGAAUUGAUGAAUUACAAACAGAAUUAGAAGCUUUAAGGUUACAACUGAGACAACAAAAAAAGAAAAGGAAAAUUUCACGAAAAUUUAACUCUAACGACAGUACUUUUACUGUAGAUAAUGAUACAGAUGUUGAUAUUUUUUCAACAACUGAUAUUGGAGAUGAUGAAUUCUAUGAUUGUUCUGAUGGUGAAAGUGUUAUUAGCGAUAGUGAUUUAAGGAUCUCAGAGGAACUGAACCAGCUGGAUAUAAUACUAAAGGAGAUCGAUGAACAAAUAAACAAUCAAUUUGAUGUCAAGGCUUAUUAUGCAUUACAAACAUUGGUGAAAUCCCAUCCAGAUAAUGUAGAAGUAAUAUGGAGAUUUGCAAGAGCUAGCUACCAUUAUGCAGAAGCACAAACUGAUAAAAAUGUUAAGAGGCUUUUCAUUUUUGAAGGAGUCCAACAAUGUGAAAGAGUUCUUGAAAAUCAAAAUGCUAAUUUGUAUAAGUGGUACGCUAUUCUCAUAGGAUUACAUGGAGAUUAUUUAUCAGUGGCAGACAAAAUAAAAAAUGGUGUUGUUUUUAAGAAAUAUGUAGAAAUGGCUUUAGAAAUACAACCAGAUGAUUUUGAAUUACAUUAUCUCCUAGGAAGAUUCAAAUAUGAAAUUGCUAAUUUAAGUUGGAUUGAAAAAAAGAUAGCAGCAACAUUAUUUACUAAAAUUCCAAGUUCUUCCAUUGAGGAAGCACUCGAAUGUUUUGAAACUGCAGCAAGGCUUGGAAGUACAAAUCCAUAUACACAGUUGUAUAUUAGUAAAUGUUAUAUUGUUUUAAAGGAAUAUACACAUGCAAAUGAUUCGUUAAAAGAAAUUUUAGAAAAACCAAUUGUAACGAUUGAUGAUGAAAAAGUGCAUACAGAAGCAAAUAAACUCUUCAACAAAUACUCAGGAUAUAAUGUAUAGCGAAAAAUAAUUUGUAUAUCUCAUCUAUAUGUAAUAAUUAUACUAUUUCUAUAUAUGUAUACUAUAUUACAGCUUAAUCUAAAUAUUAGCAUUAAACAGUUUAAUUAUUUAAUUAUUACAUAAAAUAUAGGUACUAAACAUUUUUCAAAAUAUUUUAUCUAUCACA